ACAAUUGGCCCAUCGCCACACAGUUCUUCGUGAUGAUCGAAGGUAUCGUAAGUUCCCAUCGCCUGGUCUUUGCACAGCAAAGAUGUGGUUCUGCCGGCGAAUAGCUGCCUUUAAAAAAGUUUCUUAGCAAUUACAUUUGUAAAUACGUCCACCCGAUUUCAACAAUCGCGCCACGCCACCACCAUCGUGUGUUUCUUUCCGAACCGCUCGAAGGUGGGUGCAAAAUGAGCCAAUAGCGCUGUACUAUUAGUGAGUUCUUUACUGUGCCAACGAUUGCACAGACGGCAAGAGUUUCUAUUGCUAAGUGAGAAAGUGUGCACCUACCGAGCGGGCUACUGCAAUUCACCUGCGAUGGGUGCUCCCGUGUCAGAACAAGAGCUUUCGCUCUAUAAUCCUUCGAUAUUGCUUGGCUUGGAUUUCUUCCGCUCGCCAGCCAGGUUUAGUCCUCGUAUAUCGGCUUCCGUUCCUGGCGAAACUUGGCUGAAGGUGCGACCACUUCAAACGGGAGACUUUUACCGCGGCUUCGUACAGAUACUCUCGCAGCUAACCAAAGUAGGCGAUAUAUCGUUUACACAGUUUCUGAAUCGUUUCGCUGAGAUGAAAGCUAGCGGUGACUACUACAUUACCGUUAUCGUCGAUACGCGUAUUGACAAAAUCGUCGGUAGCGCCACAUUAGUUCUUGAGCGCAAGUUCAUCCAUGGCUGUGGGGUCCGCGGUCGGCUGGAGGACGUCGUGGUAGAUGACACAUAUCGUGGCAAGCAGCUGGGAAAACUCAUCGUCGUCACCGUGACCCUUCUGGCGGAUUAUCUGGGCUGCUACAAGAUGUCUCUGGAUUGCAAAGACAAGCUGAUACCGUUCUACACCGCAAUCGGCUACGUGCUUGAACCGGGUAAUGCGAACACUAUGAGCAUACGCUACGAACCCGGGGCCGGUGGUGUAGCAAUAACCAGGAAUCGAACUGCAGCCAGUGAUAAACCGUACGACACAGAGCCAUCCUGACAAUUAGCUACCAGUUCUGCUAUGACAAGUAAAUCCAAGCUCUAAACACACGCCCAGCUAUUCUGGGUUUGCGGUUUGCCGACGCAAAAUUCGAAUUCACCGUGUUUUUUGUAUUUUGCAAUUGGAUUUACUGUUUAACACUCGGGAGGUCUAGUUUUGUGGGUGUGGUCAAGCACUCGAGCCUGUUCAGGAGUUGACUUUCACUGCAACACGCGCCCUCCCGAAGCAGCUUCUGGUACAUGAAAUGAAUUUCAAAUAUUUCAAAUAUUUUCAAACAUAUUUUUAUUUGUUUAAGAUCUGUUUAAUUUUUAUUUUGAAAAUAGUCCUCAAUCGUAAAUUUUUAAUACUACUUGGUGGUUGUGCUUAAAUAUCCAGAAUCAUGCAAAUGGGAAAUAAAAUCAUUUAUAA